ACACAAGGCAAGACAGAAACAACAACUAGGACAGGGAUAACGAGGGGAAAGGAAAAGGGCAAUAUAAAGUGCCUGAGUAAACAGAAAAGGAUGUCGGUCACACUGGAUAUGUUAUCAUUCUCUGUUUUAAUGUGAAAGAACAUACAGAGAAUAGAAAAUGAUGGUCGGCUGUUCUGUGUGUCUGGUGGUCUGGAGUUUUCUCUGGAUGUUAGCUUCUGCAGAAGGAGAUGCUGAGGUGUCCUGUGUUUUUAUGGAGAGCUGCAUCUUACCGUGCAGCUUCCAGGGCGGCACUGAUGCAGUCAUCCACUGGACUCUGGUGACAGCAGGAAACUCUCCUGUCCACUCCUACUACAACAACCAAGACCAGCUGGGAUACCAGGGCCAGCACUUCAGAGGCAGGACAUCACUGUUCAAGGACCAGAUCUCUGGAGGAAACAGUUCGCUCCGACUGACAGAGGUCCAGAUUCAGGACCAAGGCAGAUACAAGUGCUUCACCAGCAUCAUCAGAGGCAACAAGGCGUCAUUUAUCAACCUACAAGUGGACGCUCCGGUCCAUAAAGUCGACAUGGAGCAGGAAGAAAACAGGAUCACCUGCAGCUCAGAAGGGAUCUACCCUGAGCCUGAACUCACCUGGUCCACCAGACCUCCGUCCAACGUGGCCUUCAAGAACCCAACCAGAGUCCAGCAGAGUGAACAGCAGCUCUACAACAUCAACAGCUCUCUGAUACUUUCAGACAGGGUUACUGAUCUGGUCUACAGCUGCACCGUCAGCACUCGCAGGAACAAGAGGAGAGCCACUUUGAGGGAACUGACUUCUCUCGAUGGUUCCAGCUCUGACACAACAAUCCUCUGCUCUGCCUCAAACACUUCCCUUCUGAACUUCAGCCUCGUCUGGAGAUUCAACCGCAGUCAGAUCAUCCUGAACCGGACCAGGACCAGCGUCCCCUACACAGUCUCAGAGGAGUGGAGGCAGCAGGUGAAGGGUGUGUCUGAGUCAGGCAGCCUCACACUACAAGACUUGUCUUUGAAACAGGAGGGGAUAUACACCUGUGAACUCAGCGAUGACGAGGAGACAAACAUAACCAACACCCUGCUGAGGAUAGAGGAAAGGAGUCAAACUGGUGUCACACGUCUUAAUGUAGGUUUGGUGGUUGGAGCCAUUUUGUUUGUAGUUCUAGCAGCAGGACUUGUUGUGCUGUACUACAAAAAAAAAGAAAGGAAGAGAGGAAGAAGACCAGACACAGAGCAAUGAAACUUUGUCGGGUUGUUUGUAGAAAGAUCAACUUGAAGAAUGGUUUGACGAGACAAACUCAACGGGAGGAAGAAGCAAACGUUCGACUCCAUAAUGAACAAUCAGCUGUUAAUAACGUUGAGCACUAGACUGUAUGUGAUGAGCUCACGUGCCUUUAAGACGAAUAACAUUUCACACAUCAGCACUCUUAAGUGUCCCAGGGGGAGCUGUCUGGAGUCUGAUAAAUGUCCACCAGUUAUGUCUCUUGAGUCAGCGUCGCUGGGGUUAAAGUUUGAAAAUGAAAAUGAAAACAAUCUGUUGGUGAGCAGUUAGUUUCUGCCUGUGAUGCAGCAACCUUUGUUUAAAAUGUUCAGAAACAGAUUGUCAUAAUAGACAUCGUAUGUUGUUGUUGCUUUUUAUAUACUGUAUAGUUUUUAUACACAUCUAUUUUUUUUUACCAUUUGUAUUUAUAAUGCUUCUGUUUAUUUUGUUUACUAUCUUUGUUCAGCUAUACUUUUUGUAUUAUCUAAUAAAUUAUGUUUUCUAUCUGA